AAGGCCUCAAAGCCUUCACACAUUUCAUAGCUCUCAUACCCCAUCAACACUAGACUCUGUAGCUGGCUGGUAAAUGAGGAAACCUGAUCUCAUGGCCAAAGACAAAAUGAACAACAACAACAACAAUAACAACAGCAACAUUAAGAGCAAGCUAAGAAAAGGGUUGUGGUCACCUGAGGAAGAUGAGAAACUCAUAAGGUACAUGAUAACUAAGGGACAAGGUUGUUGGAGUGACAUUGCUAGAAAUGCUGGUCUUCAAAGGUGUGGUAAAAGUUGCCGCCUGCGUUGGAUCAAUUACUUGAGACCUGAUCUCAAACGUGGUGCAUUUUCACCCCAAGAGGAAGAACUCAUCAUUCAUUUGCACUCCAUUCUUGGCAAUAGAUGGUCUCAGAUCGCAGCUCGUCUCCCGGGUCGCACAGAUAAUGAGAUAAAGAAUUUCUGGAACUCAACACUGAAGAAAAGAUUGAAACUGAACAAUAAUUCCAAUUCAUCACCAAACAACAGUGACUCAUCAGAACCUAGAGAUGUCAUGGGUGGGAUGAUGGCCAUGAAUGAGCAUGAUCUUAUGACCAUGUGCAUGGACUCCUCUUCAUCAACAUCAACAUCAUCCAUGCAAUCCAUGCAUGCCAUGGUCUUAGCUGACCAAUUUGAUCCCUUUCCCUUGUUGUCCAACCGUUAUGACAUGACCGGUGCAGCUGGGUUCCCUGACAACAUGGCUGCAUGCUUAACCCAAGUUGGUAUGGUAGAUGAUGGGGUUCAUGGGGAUUAUUGUGGGAUAUUGGAACCUAAUAAAAUGGGUUUAGAAAGUGACUUUUCCCUUCCUCCACUAGAAAGUAGAAGCAUUGAGGACAAUAGUAGUAUCCCAAUUGAUGUGAAAAGCCAUAACAACCACUUCAAUAAUAGUUGCUUCAAUAACACUGAUCAUCAAAUUCAGAGCUCCAACGACAAUGUAGAGGACUUGUUUGGAUUUGAAAAUCAUGGGCAAGGGGAAAACUUGAGAAUGGGAGAAUGGGACUUUGAGGGUUUGAUGCAAGACAUGUCAUAUUUUCCUUCCCUUGAUUUCCAAGCUUGA